UGCAAUGCAAUCACGAAAAAAAUAAAUAGUCUUAAUAAAACAAAAUCUCUUUAUAUUUAUUGUUCAUUUAAACAUGUAAAAGUGCGGGGAAUUUUAGAAUUAUUUGCCGUCUAUCUUCUGCAAACGGAAAAGCUACAACAUGGCCGAUGCCUAUUGCCUGGCUAACUUUAUUGAUUAUUCGGCGCUCCACCAGCCCCUGAAACACAAUCGUAUUAAGUACACCUGCUUCGACAUAUCGGAAAAUUUCAUUAUAUUUGGAGCCACGUCCGGAUCGCUUUAUUUGUUUAAUCGCGUGGGGAAAUUCCUGCACCUCAUACCCAACAAACAUGGCAGUAUCAGCCAUUUGGCCAUUUCUUCAAACGAGAAAUAUGUAGCAUUUGCAACGCAACGUUCGCUCAUUUGUGUCUAUGCAGUAAAUCUGUCAGCCCAGAUCUCGCCGCAGGUGAUUGUCACGCACUUGAGCAGCGAUCAAUCGGUCCAAGUAAGCUGCAUCCAUUGGACGCAGGAUGAGAAACAGUUCUAUUAUGGUGACACACGCGGACAAGUGAAUCUGGUGUUGCUCUCCUCGUUCAUUGGCCACAGUUUGCUACUGAAUAUGAGUGUGCAUCCCUUGCUGUUUCUGGAGUCCCCUAUUGUGCAAAUCGAUGACUUUGAGACGCUACUGCUAGUAUCCAACUGCAGCAAAUGUAUACUCUGUAAUACAGAGUAUGAGGAGUACAAACAGAUUGGCAACCGUCCACGUGAUGGCGCCUAUGGCGCCUGCUUCUUCAUGUCUCCUCACGAAUCUGUGCAGCCCUCUCGCAUCUAUUGCGCUCGACCAGGCACACGCAUCUGGGAGGUGGACUUUGAGGGAGAAGUGCUGCAAACGCAUCAAUUUAAAUCCUCAUUGGCCACACCGCCGACCAAAAUCCACAAGCCCAGUAGCAACAGUGAUGCAGACGCGGACACAGAUGAGCAGAAUGAUGAGGUGUUGGACUAUCAGCCGCAGCAUCUACAAUUUGGCAAAGUGCAGCGCUUUUUGCAGGACUUUUUGUUGGCAUUCACAGAACUUGGUCUCUACAUAUUCGAUGUACGCAACUCCCGUGUCGUUCUCUGGUGCAAUCAGUUCGAACGCAUUGUGGACUGCCGUAUUGCCGGCUCGAAUAUAUUUGUCUUCACUCAGACAGGAUCGCUCUAUAGCGUCCAAUUGCAGACACUUCAAGCGCACGCCUGCCAUCUCGUUCAACAGUCCAAGCUACUCGAAUGCGCCCUUCUCAUGCGUAAGCAUGUCAAGUACUUUGCGGACAAGGCACGUGAGAAUUAUGAGCUUAAAGUCCUGAAUCAGCUGAAGCAAUUACUCAUCGAGCGCCAAGAAUAUGAGCUGCUCAACGAUAUAUCCGUAAUCUUUGAUGCCAUCUCUCAGUGUACAGGUAGUGCUGGAGAUACGCAGAGCUCGGGAGGAAGCUCGGCAACUACCGAGCGCAGUGGCAGUGGCGUUGGUGUUGUUUGUUGUCCAGCAGUAGCCCCACCACCACCUGCACCACCCAAAGGCGUCUAUGUGCUGGAGAAUGCGUUUUGCGAUAAUUUGAAACAGGCACCCAAAUCCGGACACUUUAAGGACGCGCUACUGACGGUCACGGGCAAAUUUGGCAAAAAUAUCAUAAAAUACAAAUUCAACAUUUUCGCAGACGAGCAACAGCAACUGGUCCGCGAACUUAUACCGGCCAGCGAACGUUCGUUGCCCUUCAAGGACGUUAAGGCACGUUACGAACUCGAAUCUGGCCCCGAUGAGGAUGAGGAAAUUGUGGUGCGCACCUCAAAACGGGCCCCACCGCUCUCUGCACCACACAUAAGUCCAGAGCAAAAGACCAUAUAUAAUCUCUAUUUGAUUUACAAGAGCACGAAGUUCAGCAAUAUGCGCUGCGUUGAACGCUAUCGCGAUGUCUUUGACCAGUACGCGGCCAAUGAGCUGAUAGCAUUGCUAGACAAGCUCGCCAAAGUGAUGAUGGAGCAUGGCGACAGCAAGGAGCAAGCCCAACGAAAUUGCUAUGAGAUGUACUUUGACUAUUUUAAUUCUGAGCUUAUAUGGGAAGUCGAUGAUGCCACAAGGGACUAUAUAGCCAAUGGCUUUGUGUUGCUGAACGAAGGAGCGGACAUUGUGCGCUGUCAGAAUUGUGAAUUUCCAAUGAGAUUUGACAACACGUGUCUAUAUCAUGAUUUGGGUGCAGUGCUCCUUCGUUAUUUCUGGUCACGGAACGAGCAGCUAAAAUGCUUCGACGUUCUAUCCGCUGUGCCCGCUCUGCUGGAUGUUCUGGCUAAAUUCUAUUUGGCAGAGCACAAUCUGGAAAAGGUAUUGCCGAUUGUGCUGAAUUACGGACAGCCUGAACUAUUAUUGGAAGUAGGCCGACAUUUUCAAGUGGGCGGCUGGGCGCGAUGUUUUGAGCAAUUCGUGGAGCUGCAGCGCGGUCGGGUUAUGUGCGUCAAUUGUGAGUGUGUUAGCAAUAUGGAGCAAAUGACGCGUCAUUUCUUCUACACAUGGAACUGUUUUCUCAACAUUGCAUUGGAUUAUCUGACUGCAACAGAUAUACUCGCACUUAUAUUCAAAUGGAGCUCCUAUAUACCAAAUGAUGCCAUCGAUCGUGAGUUUUACACGCGUUGUCUGCUGAAGGGUUAAAAUUGAUUAUGAUUAGUAAUUUCAAAGAACUAGCUGAGGACCAGUGGACGUUAUAUAUAUACAUAUAUAUUUACACACAGCGAUUGUAUAACUAUAUACUCUUGUAUUUAUUGUUGAAGUAUUUGCAGUUACAUUCCAGAAAUCAGAAUCCAUAUAAUCUUGCUAAAGCCAAUACCAAAAGCAUUUAUUCUAUAUAUACACCCAUAUAUAAGUACAUGUGACAUGUAUUUACUCUAUGUACACACACUAUAUAUAAAUACCUUAACUGUUGUAAAUUACAUUCAUAAAUGCA